AUGGCCUACGUGAAGGUCGAUGGGAGAUGGGCGGCCCGAGCGUCCUCCCUGCCCGGCAUCGCGGGCCGCAUGUCUGAGCGACGCCCGCUUGCCAGCAAGGGGAGCCGGCCGCUCUCCGCCGCCGCGCCGCUCCUGGGCGACAUGGGGCCCAGGAGCCCGGUGGGAGCACCGGCCAGCCCGCGGCGCUGCGGCGCCGGUCGCGUCGGCGGCUGCCGCAGUGCCAGCCCUGGCGCCGGCUGCGCUGGCCGCGCUGGCUGCUCGGCGACCCCGUCUCCACCGAAGGUGGCCCCGACGGGCGACCACGCCGCGGCGCCGGCCAGCCAGGCAGAGCUCGCAGGGCCCCCCGCCCCGCGGGCGCGGCCGCCUGGCGGGCGGGCCGAGGAUGCGGGCGAGACAGGCUUCCACUGGAUCCUCGACGACUUCCUGGCCGUGGGCAGCUCCGCGAGCGCCGGGUGCUCAGGCCCCAAGCGGACGGAGCGGUGCGCCUUCUUGACAGAGAUCGGCAUCACUCACAUCGUCAACUGCUCCCAGGAGUUCCCGUGCCCCUUCCAGGAUGCCUUCGAGUACCUGCAGCUGCCAGCUCGCGACGAGCCCAGCCAGGACCUGAUAGCGUUCUGGCCCGCGGCCUGCGCCUUCGUCGAGGAGGCCAACGCCUACGACCGCAAGUGGCCCUGUGAUUGGUGUACCGUGUCUUGGGAGAUAGAUGGCCAGUUGUAG